AUGCCGAAUCCGAAACCCUCGCGAAAGAACCUGCUCAUAGCCUUUGACGCCUUCGGCACGCUCUUCACGCCACGCGCCCCGAUCGGUGCAUUGUACGGCGAAAUUGCGCGCAAGCAUGGUAUCUGCAGCGAUGUUUCGGACGAAGAGAUCAUGCGUAGCUUCAAGAAAGCCUACAAGCACAAUGCCACAGCAAGACCAAAUUUUGGAAAGGAAGUGGGCAUGGACCCCACCGCCUGGUGGAGCAGCCUCAUAACCGAAACCUUCACCCCCUUCCUCCCCUCCGCCACGACCACGACCGUUCCCCCAGCCCUCCCCCACCGCCUCAUCCCCGACCUCCUCACCCGCUUCGCCAGCCGCGACGGCUACACCCUCUACGACGACGUGGUCCCCCUCUUCACCACGCUCCGCGCCGCCCGCAACAACACCAACACCACCACCACCACCACCGCCGCCGCCGCCGCCGCCGCCACCCGCCGCCCCCGCAGAAAAAUCGUCACCGCCGUCCUCACAAACUCCGACGACCGCGUCGCCGGCAUCCUCCGCUCCUUCGGCCUGCGCGUCGGCCACACCGACCCCAAGACCGUCGAGCGGAUGAUGGUCGUCGUCGGUGCGGCGGCUGGUCGUGCCGAAGCCCCGGUGAUGGAGGCGCCGCUCGGAGGGAAGAAGGAGGAGAAGGAGAAGAACGUGGAAGAAGGAAAAGAAGGAAGAGAAGAAGGAGGAGAAGAAUCGUUGGGCGAUGGCGACAGCGACAACGACAUCGACUUCGUGCUCACGUCAUACGACUGCGGGUACGAGAAGCCGCAUCGGGCCAUGUUUGAUGCGGCGAGGCGGCUGGCGGUGGCGCGGUAUGGUGCUGAUCGUGGGCGUGGGCGUGAUCGUGCUGGCAGAGUGGUGGUGGGGGAGGAGGAGGCGGAGGCGGAGGCGGAGGAUGGUAGUGGGGGUGGUGAUGAUGGGUUUGGCGAGUGGGAGGCCGUGUAUGUGGGCGAUGAGGUGGAUAAGGAUGUUGUGGGGGCUGAGAAUGCUGGGUGGGCGCCGGCGUUUUUGGUGGAUCGGGAGGGGCUGCUUGGCGACGCUGCUGGGGGUGUGGUGACGAGGCGUGACGUGGGAGGGCAUGGGGAGAAGGAGGUGAGGGUGUUGCGGGAUCUGAGGGAGUUGCAAAGUUAUGUGCUUGGUUGA